GCUCCUUCUACUUACCGUAGAGCACCGAUUUGUGUUGUGACCGGAUACUCGUUUGUUAUGAGCGGCACACAUUGACUGUAUGUGACGCUUGUAACAUGCUAGUUUCCGGCUCGAUUCUAUCGUGUGUUUUGCUCUCGAAUGGCCGAUAUGUAUAUAUUAUUAGGUCUCCUUCGGUUGUUGACCUCAGACUCAAUCCGUACAGAUCGGGAACGACAGCUAUUGACCUACGAGUCUGACGUCGCCUCAGUAUCUACAUUGCACUACCUAUCACCACUACGGUUUACCGUGUUCUAUGACCUCACCUCCGUUGGCGUUGUGAUUCAUCGCAAGAAGCUUAUACUCGUCGAGACGCCAUAGUAGCACUUGUCAAUAUUACGC